UUUAAGCAACAUCCAACAGCACUCGGUAACUCCAAGGCAAUGGCCGAAAAAAGGUUUCUCACAAUUGAACGAAAAUUAGCAACACAUAAAUCAU